AUGGGCUUGGGCCAUGAGCAAGGAUUUGGUGCCCCCUGCUUAAAAUGCAAGGAUAAGUGUGAAGGAUUUGAGCUUCAUUUCUGGAGAAAAAUAUGCCGCAACUGCAAGUGUGGCCAGGAAGAGCAUGAUGUCCUCACAAGCAAUGAGGAAGAUCGGAAAGUGGGGAAACUCUUUGAAGAUACAAAAUACACAACCCUUAUUGCAAAGCUGAAGAAUGAUGGCAUUCCCAUGUAUAAACGCAAUGUUAUGAUACUGACUAAUCCGGUGCCAGCCAAGAAAAACAUAUCCAUCAAUACUGUGACUUAUGAGUGGGCUCCUCCUGUUCAGAAUCAGACACUUGCUAGACAGUAUAUGCAGAUGCUGCCCAAGGAGAAGCAGCCUGUUGCUGGCUCGGAAGGCGCGCAGUACAGGAAGAAGCAGUUGGCUAAGCAGCUGCCUGCUCACGAUCAGGAUCCUUCAAAAUGCCACGAGCUCUCCCCCAAUGAAGUUAAGCAGAUGGAACAAUUUGUGAAGAAGUACAAAAAUGAGGCUCUUGGCGUAGGAGAUGUCAAGCUCCCUGGUGAGGUGGAAACAAGAGCUGCUGAGAAGAAUAAUGUGAACAAUGGUGACAGAGGCACCUCAGCUGCUGUAGGAGCGAUGGAGGACAAGUCCCCAGAUCGGAAGGCAUCUCAGUAUUCCUGCUAUCGCUGCAAACUGAACAUGAAAGAAGGUGACCCAGCUGUCUAUGCAGAACGUGCUGGAUAUGACAAAUUGUGGCACCCAGCUUGUUUUGUCUGUUGCACCUGCAGUGAACUUCUAGUAGACAUGAUCUAUUUCUGGAAGAAUGGUAACCUGUACUGUGGAAGACAUUAUUGUGAUAGUGAAAAACCCCGCUGUGCUGGAUGUGAUGAGCUAAUAUUCAGCAAUGAAUAUACUCAAGCGGAAGGUCAAAACUGGCAUCUGAAACACUUCUGCUGUUUUGACUGUGACUGCGUUUUAGCUGGGGAAAUCUAUGUAAUGGUGAAUGACAAGCCAGUCUGCAAACCCUGCUACGUGAAGAACCAUGCUGCGAUCUGCCAAGGCUGUCAUAAUGCUAUAGAUCCAGAAGUUCAGCGUGUGACAUACAACAACUUCAACUGGCAUGCUACACAAGAAUGUUUCUUGUGUUCCUGUUGCAGCAAGUGUCUAAUUGGCCAGAAGUUCAUGCCGGUAGAAGGGAUGGUCUUUUGCUCAGUGGAAUGUAAGAAAAAAAUGAUGUCUUAAGAGAAGACAUGCACAGAACCAAGCAUUGCUGUGUUCCAAAGGCUCUUGCAUUUCUACUGUAAAAUACAUAGUAUCGGGGCAUUUAAAGUUAUUGAAAGUAUUAAAUAGCGUUUUCCCAAAGAUUUUCUUGAAUGACUAAGACUUGCUAUAUAAUCUUCAUUUCUUA